ACCUAAAAUUAAAAGACUAUCUGUGUGGUACAAGACAUACCCCCAAAAGUGCAGGGUCAUCGGUAGUGUCAUUUAAAGCUUUCUGCACGACAGCAUCUCAUGCCUUCCUGCAUUCAAAAGAAAACUUUUGCUAGGGUACCCCUGUCACAGCAAUACCACAUGGUCUGAUCAAGCUAGGCACGUAUUCUAGUUUUUUUGCUCUGUGACUGAUUCAUUUUCUAAUCACGUUUUAGUCAUUUUCAGCUCUAAUUUCCAAACUUUCUGCUGCAUCUAAAUUUUACUUAAAGGACACCAAUAUAAAACACCACUACUCACUGCAGCCCUCUUUGUCGCUAUCUGGUUUCUUCUGGGUUUCACAGUUGAGAAGAAACCGAAGCAUAAAUUGUUUUGUCCUGCUCAUAACAAAGUCACACUUGUUUCAGAGAAGAUCAAGGUUAGAAGUACUGAAAACUGAGUGACUCUUUUGGUGAAGAUUCUCUAAAGAAUCUACAAUAAGGUCACAUCAUGUUCAAGUCAUGGAGGAACGUAAAGAAAAAGAUCAAAGCUACAUUCAAACUGCAAUUUCAGGCAACUCAGGUGCCACGCCAAAAGAAACCUGCCUUGAUAAUAUCCUUGGUGCCAGAGGAUGUUGGAAAGACAACAUUCAAACUAGAGAAAGCUGCAGUUCAGGAUGGAAUCUGUUCAUGGGACAAUCCAGUUUAUGUGACAGUGAUACUCAUCAAGGAGCCAAAAUCAGGAAAGCUGCAUGAGAAAAUAUACCAUUUCAUUGUUUCAAGUGGGUCAUCCAAAUCAGGUUAUCUGGGAGAAGCUUCGAUUGACUUUGCAGAUUUUGCUGAUGAAACUGAACCGUUGUCUGUCUCCCUGCCCCUUAAAUUUGCCAACUCUGGUGCAGUUCUACAUGUGACCAUUCAGAAGAUGCAUGGAGAUUUUGAUCCAAGAAAAAUUGAAGACAAUGAAGAUCCCAUACUUUCUAAAGACAGAAACUUGAAGAACCAGCUGAGCAAUGGCUACACAGACAAAAACGAUGGAAGUUUUAAUGAAGACCAGGACUCGGACAUUGUUUUAUCUGAACAAGACAGCAGCUUCAGAACUUCCAUUGGUGGAAAUUCUAGCUUCAAAUCAACACUCAGACAAGAUUCAAUGCCUCCAAAGGGAGCAGUUGAUGCUAUCACACCGAAAACCACUUGCAUUGUAGGACAAGCACUGAUUGAGAACCUUCCAAGAGAAUUACAAGAAACCUCAGAUGAAUCCAUUGAAAAACUGAAAACUGAAUUAUCUAAUCUAAUGAGGCAGUCAGAAUUAUCAGAACUGGAAUUACAGACUCUUCGGAGACAGAUGACAAAGGAGAGCAGAAGGGGGCAGGAUUUGUCAAGACAUGUUAAGGAACUUGAAGAGGAGAGAGAUGCACUCAAAACAGAAUCAGAACUGGAAUUACAGUCUCUUCGGAAACAGAUUACAAAGGAGAGCAGAAGGGGGCAGGAUUUGUCAAGACAUGUUAAGGAACUUGAAGAGGAGAGAGAUGCACUCGAAACAGAAUCAGAACUGGAAUUACAGUCUCUUCGGAAACAGAUUACAAAGGAGUGCAGAAGGGGGCAGGAUUUGUCAAGACAUGUUAAGGAACUUGAAGAGGAGAGAGAUGCACUCAAAACAGAAUGUGAACAACUCAAGCGCUCAAAUGAAGGAGAAUCCCUGAAUCAAUUGCGAGCUGAGAAUGAGGAUUCUAGGGUUCAGCUAGAAGAAGUCAGGCGAGAACUUAGUCAUCAAAAGGAAUUGAACACCAAUCUUAAGUCGCAACUCCAGAAAACACAAGAUUCAAAUGCUGAGUUGAUUCUUGCUGUGGGAGACCUUGAUGAAAUGCUGGAUCGAAAAAAUGUGGAAAUAUCUUCUCUGUCUAGCAAGCUUGAUGAGGUUCAGGAGAAAAAUUGCAAAUGCAGCAAGAAAGAGGACACAGACCAACAAGCAGUGCUUGCACUGGAAGAAAAUACUAGGGAAGAUAAUGAAUUAUGUCUACUGAAGCAAAGGGUGAUAGACCUAUCUGAUGAAAUUGAUGUCUACAGGGAAACUAGAGAAAAGCUGGAGAAUUAUAUCGAACAACUCACACAAGACUCUGAAGAUCUAAAGAGAGAAAACCAUGAUAUCUCUUCCAAGUUAGAGCAGGGCAAGCUACAAGAACACAAAACCUCAGAAUGUUCAGCUACUAUUAAAGAACUUGAAUCACAGGUACAAAGAUUAGAGGAAAAAUUGAAGAUGCAAACGAAAGAAUUAUCAGAAUCUUUGCUUUUCAUCAACGAACUGGAAAGUCAGGUCAAAGGGUUGGAGAAAGAACGGGAAAAACAGGCACAAGGAUACGAAAAUGACCUCGAUGCCAUGACACAUGCCAGAGUUGAGCAGGAACAGAGAGCUAUCCGUGCAGAAGAGGCCUUGAGGAAGACAAAGUGGAAAAAUGCUGCUACAGCAGAGCAGCUACAGGAGGAAUUCAGAAAACUUUCAGUGGAAAUGGCAGGAAAGUUCGAUGAGAAUGAGAAGCUGACAAUGGAAUCAGUAGUUGAAGCAAACGAGCUCCGAAUACAGAAUAGAGUUCUAGAAGAGAAUCUUAAGAAAUCUAACGAAGAGCUUGCAAUGAUGACAGACCAGAACAGAGUAAAAAUCGAAGAAUUGUCAAUGCAACUAGAUUUGAAAACAAAACAUAUGGAGCAGAUGUCAGUGGAACUAGAAGAUGCUUCCAACAAACUGAAGCAUGGAGGAGAAAUGCAAGAGGCUUUUCUAGCGGAUGUUCGAAUGCUGAAAAGUGAGAUAGAGACCCUAAAAAAAGAGAAGAAUGACAUCUCUGAAGUGGAAAAAGAAGUGAAAUUAAGAGAUGAAACUGAAAAAUUGAAGACAUCGUCUGAAGAAACAAAGAUACAAACAGAAAUACAAAAAAGUGAAAGAGAUGAAAUAGAAGAAAUAUUUGCAUUGACAAAGAACGAGGCAGAAAACACGAGGCAAGAAUUAUUCAAUUUGAAGUCCUUAAAGGAUGAAAAGGAGGCAAUGAUCAAGAACCUUUCAUUGGAACUUCAAAGCCUCAGAGAUCUGCAGAUUGAGCUAAAAAAUAGCCUGUCCGCAGAAGAACAGGAGAAAGAAAAACUUCAGCAACAAGUACUCGAAUUAAAAGGUAAGCUGCAGAAGAAGGAACAGGAAAAUACUAGUUUCAUGAAGAAACUCACAUUUUCAGAUGAAAAGAACUCAGUGCCAAUGGAUGGCAGAAUGCAGAUCAAAUGUGCUGCAACUAAUACUGCAAAUGUCAAUGACUUCCAAAAAAGAAAUAUUGGGGAAGACUUGCUGAAUUCUGAGAUGCACACUGCAGGAUGCAAGGGUAUUGAAAGAGAAGCAAAAACUUGCUCGAAGGAAGAACUGAGAGUUGGCACUUUCCACUCAAUGGAUGAGGGUUACCUGAUUGAACUGUUGACAGAAAUGGCACAGCUAAAAGAAAGGAACAAAUGUAUGGAAACUGAGUUAAAAGAAAUGCAAGAGAGAUAUUUAGAGAUAAGCCUCAAACUUGCAGAAGUAGAAGGUGAAAGGCAACAGCUUGUCAUGACUGUACGCAACCUCAAGAAUGGUAAGAGGCACUAGCAUUCUAGCUCUCUAAGAUAUCGGAUGUCAGACACAGCAAUGAAGCAUUGGUAAUGCAGCUGCUAAAGCAAGCCUCUGAUGAGCAAGAUUGUUGCUUGACUAUUCUUUAUGCAUAUUGUAAAUGGAAGUCUAGGGAUGCUCGAGAAGCAGGUCCAGAGUUCAGAAAGGAAUAGAUGUUUCCUUAAAAAUAUAGUAAUUGCACACUCCUUUGCUUUAUACAGAUUUUGUGUAUUCCUUAUUUGUGAUGUUCAUGUAGCUAAUCUAGUUGAAGUAUUGGUGCCUAACCUGAAUUGUGGCUGUAUUGCA